AUAUACAUAUAUAUCAUUGAAUUAUGCACAAAAAACGGGAAGUAGGCAAUUUUUUAUGCAACCUUGUUAUGAGGGUUGCCAGUUGCCAUAACCGAAAUUAGGUCAUUCAUAAAAUGAUAUAUUUUUUCAAAUGCUAGUCUACCAGUCUCCGAUUUUUUUAGUGUUCAGAUUGCCCAGAAUUCUUUAACGAAAUUAAAGUCUAAAAUACAAAGUUUUCAGAAAUAAUAUCGGAAAUGGCAAGUUUUAACGAAGCAGACUUUAGUCAUUGUUGUGAAAUAUGCGGUUUAGAGGGUCUUACCGAAGAAGAAUUCAGGAUUCAUACGCAUACCGCACACAUUGAGGGCAGUGGCAUUUGCCCCUUUUGUGGAUUAUCAGCAGCCUCUUCCGCGGAACUUAUUUUACAUGUUAAUCAAGCACAUUUGGAUUUUUUAACUCCAGAAUCAGAGCCGAAUAUUAGCUUUAUCGAUGAUCCUAGUCCUAGUGAAUUUAAUGGAAUUCAUGUUGAAAAUCAUUGGAAAACUGAUUCUUACUCAUCAAGAAAUGCUUCAUCAUAUUCCGGAUCCAUAAUCAAAAGCAACAUAAAUAUAAAUCCAAAUUCUAAGGUAAACGGCGGCGGGGAAUUGAGCCCUAGCAUUUCUAGUCAUAGUCAAGGUUCGCCUUUGCGUACUAAUUUGGAACUCAAAUUGAAAAAUUCCCAAUCAACAUUCCAGUGUCCGAUGUGCACUUAUACUAGUUUAAAUCCAAACGUCUUGGAGGAACACGUCAACAGGAGUCAUUUCGAUUUGAUAUCCCCAUCGGUAGGAGAUAGUAUAACGACGACUACGACGACCACCACGUCGGAAAUGUACGUGUGUCCCCUUUGCACGAAAAAAUCCGAUUCGGCCGCCGAUCUUGAACUCCACGUCAAUAUCGAACAUCGCGAUAUCCUUUCACCUGCCAGUCCAUCCACGCAAAACUGUCCCGUGUGCGGUAUUUUAUUGGACGGGGAUAUCAAUAGCGAAAAAGCUGCCCGACACGUCGAAUCCCACUUUCCCGCCACUUCCCCGCAACCCGCCGACAGAGCGGCGUUGCGGGAGAGAGAACAAAGGGAAUUCGAAAUGUUACGCGCCCAAUACGGCAUGGACAAUCAGGGAAACUUCAAAGAGCAAUCGGUCACCAACAUGCAGAGGGCGGUGUACGCGGGAGAAAUGAGCGUGUCGGACUACUAUGAAAGGACGUUGGAUCUCAGGGCAGCCGAAAGUUGCGGCAUCGAUGACGGAAGCUCAGUUACCAGAAGUAUUGUUCCUAGAGUGAGAGCCAUUAGCAAUAACGCCACGAACGUGGUGCGAACUCUUCUAUGUACCUGCGUCGAUCAUUACGCUUCAUCCUACGGCGACCGAGGUUGGGGAUGCGGCUAUCGAAAUACUCAAAUGCUUAUCUCUAGUCUACUGACACAUACAGGGUAUAACGAGAAACUGUACGCCAUUUGGAAGGAGCAGAAACCUCCUAGAAGUUCGGUGCCCAGUAUAUCUCGGAUUCAGGGUAUCAUCGAACAAGCUUGGUCUCAGGGGUUUGAUAUUCAGGGCGCGGAGCAAUUAGGGUCCCGAUUAGUUAAUACUAGAAAAUGGAUUGGUGCCACGGAAGUGGUAACGCUGUUAUCGUUUCUUCGGAUAAAAUGUCAGUUGGUAGAUUUCCAUAAACCCACCGGAUCUUCAGGGACACAUCCGGAAUUAUUCGCCUGGGUUCACCGAUAUUUCGACAGUUCCGUUGGAGGUGAAUUUACGCCACCUCUUUACUUGCAACAUCAAGGUCACAGUCGUACAAUAAUGGGUAUCGAAGUUAAUAGAGAUGGGAGUUUAACAUUAUUAGUACUCGAUCCCAGUCACUCUCCGCAACAAAUGGCCCAAUUGGGCGAUACGAAUAGCGCGUCUGCACUGAGAUUGUUGCGAAAAAAUGAGGCGUCUAUGAAAGCUAGACAAUAUCAAAUAGUAGCUGUAGUGGGAAUGAAUGAAAGCGAACAACAAUUUCAGCAAAGCAAAAUUCUACGAGGCCUCCGAAUACCGCAGGAUCGGUGAGAGUGGCAUGAAGCCAGAUUUAGGGAAUUUAAAUCGAAUUUAUAGUUUUUACUUCUUUCAAGAUCUAGCCACUUAAAUCAUCACGUUUUUUCCUUCUCAAAACUUCAAAUACACGUUGGGAGGUUUGCAUUUCUAUAAAAUAAAAUUAAAAAAAAAUAUUUUUUUUUACUUACAGUCUUUUAAAAUAUCGAAUGAAUUCGUAGACGAAUAAGCGACAUUUUUAAAUUUUCGCGAUGGAAAUGACUAGCUGAUCAAAAUGUAUGCUUAGCAGUAGGUUUGAUUGUGCUUACCAAAGAGUCAAUAAUUUGUGACGGAGGAAGAUAAAUAAAUUCAGUACACAAUGUACUAAUUGUUAUUAAAAUAAAUCCUAUGUUUUGGAAAAUU